AUGUCCUUCGCCUCGUCCUCCCGUACCAUCCUCCCCUCCAGAGCGCUCUCCGCCCUCGGUGGCACCCGUGGUGUCCUCCACCGUGCCCGACCUCCCCGCAUGCCCUCAAUCCCUUCCCCCCACAACCCCAAACAGCCCUUACCAACAUCCGGCACUUCCCACGCCAUCCCUUCUCCCCAGACCCCUUCCGUCCUCACCACCGCCUCCCCUCUCCUAGACUCUCAAGGUCUCGUCUUUCACCACACUCCGCCACCUUCAGCACCAAGCUAUAAGGCUGGAGGUGUGCCGGACUUUUUAAAGUGGACUGUGGGGAAGCAAGGGGUGAGGCUGAGUGGGGAGGAAGGGGCGAGCAGUAGUGAAGUUGGUGAGAGGGUGUGGUAUGGUGAAAAGGUGCAAUGGGGAGAGGAUGUGGUGCAGAAGAUGAGGGAGCUGAGAGCACAGGGUUUGUCAAGGAAGGAGAUCGGUGAUGCCCUCCAAAUUCCCUCCGCUCAACACCGUCUCAUCCCCCGCUACGCCCCUCUCGCCAAAGACCAAGCUCAGCUCAAGAAGGAGGAGCUGGCGGAGCAAAAGGCCAAGUGGGGAUUCAGAAAGAGGACUCUGCGGGGUAUCAGGGAGAAGAGGAGGGAGUUCUGGUAG